UCGUCCGUAUGAGCCAUAUGCCGGUGACGUCACCGCAAGAUGGCCGCCACCCAAAAUGGUCGAUUCGUCCUCUUUUUUAAUUUUUUAACUCGAAUUUGAGAUUAUUUUCGAAAAGUGGUGCCGGUGCCGUCUUCGAAAUUACGUUCGCGCGCGUUUCCGUUUCCGUGUGCUGCGUUCCCGCCGAUUUUUUCCGUUCCUGGUCCGAAGGUGCCCCAAAAGGAUUUCGCCCCCUUGGAAAGCGCCGAUCUGUACACUAGGUAGCUAGGGUCUAAAAAUAAAUACAGACUAAAUGAGUGCUUAUUUUGAAUGUUAUCGGCGGGUUGAGUGAUAAGAAGUUGUGAUAAGACGAUCAGGGAAAAUGCCAGUUUUAUCUCCUCGACAGAGCAGUGCUUCUGCUUUGACCGGAUCGUACAGGUCCACGUUCAGUUCAUCUACCAUUGACAGGCCUUACUUCAGUUCAACGAGCUACAGUCCGAGAAUUACGAGCUUUAGUGAGAGAUACACCACUAGGACCUAUUCGGAUUCAGAUGGAAGGCGCAUCUUCUCGAGACCACUGCUUCUGUCAGAUUACAGCAGUCCAACGUUGCCGGUUGUACUUUCAAGAACCGGCAGCAUAACCGAGGACGGCAUCACCACCCGCUUCCGCGACGAGGCCCGCGAGUCCUCCAUCUCCCGCCGCGACUCCCUCUCCCGCGACUCCGGCAUAAGCUCCAUCCGCGAAAACUCCAUAUCGGAUUUCUCCCGCCGCGACGGUUCCGUCUCCCGCGAGAACUCCCGCCUCUCCGCCAUCAACGUCCUCGACUCCGUCGCCGAGCUGCGCAGCAAGUACUCGCCGGCGAACUACGUGCCGUCGUGCCUCCGCGAACGCAACGAGAACAUCUCCAGGUCGAAGUCGAUAAACGACAUCGGCCUGCCGCCGAUCGAGCCCAAGCUCGGCCCGAAGAAGAAGGUAAAUGACAGUUUGAAUUACAAUAACAGCCUUGGUGUGAGCCCUAACCCUACUAACGAUAACAUGAAAAUAAGCGACGAGGACGAUAACGGCAACCGCGCCUCCGUGGCCGACCUGCGCAAGAAGUUCGACGAGAAGCCGUCGCGCGCCGCCCGCUCGCCGCCGAUCGAGAUCGAGGGGGCGGCGAAGAUCUCCGAGAACCGGUUCAAGAAGCAGGACAAGAAGAAGAAGGAGCGCAGGGAGUCGAGCGGGCGUCUGUCGGACGCGUCGAAUUGUGACAGUUCGGCGACUUCAAAAUUGGACGUGAACGAAUCGGUCAAGAAUGGGCUCAAGCAGGAGGACGACGAAAACGGAGAAGUGAGGAAGAGCACGAGGGUGAACAAUUUCGCGUCGUACAUACCGGCGAAGGACUACCAGAAGGGGGAGGUGAAGAACGGCGGGGACGACCUGGUCAACGGAGAGACGGAGCAAGGGGACGAGAGCAGCACGGACCUAAUCGGAAGGAAGUUCGCUGAAAUCUCCACGUCGCCGAAACUCAGCACCACCUCGAACCGAUCGGUGAUCUCGCCUUCCACUUCCACCCUAAACUCCUCCACCAGUUCGACGACCAGUCCGUCUAGGCGAUCCUCCGAGCGCGAGAGGAUCUACAACGAUGAAAGCAACUCCUACGACAAAUACUCGAGCCCGGUGAAGACGCAGGGUCUGAACGGCCUCAAGAACAUCGGCAACACAUGUUUCAUGAAUUCCGUCAUCCAGUGCCUCUCGAACACCAAGCUCCUGCUCGAAUACCUCCUGCAGGACCACUACGUGGGCGACAUCAACACGUCGACGUCCGGCAUGAAGGGCGCCCUGAUCAAGUCCUUCGUCGAGGUGAUCAAGAAGCUGUGGUCGCAGGACGCCUCGGACAGGGUGGUGAACACGACGAGCCUGAAGAGCCAGAUACAGAGGUUCGCGCCGAGGUUCAUCGGGUACGCGCAGCAGGACGCGCAGGAGUUCUUGAGGUACUUGCUGGAGGGGUUGCACGAGGACGUCAACAGGGUGAAGGAGAAGCCGAAGCCGAUCUUGACGGAGAUUGACGAGAAAUUGAGUGACAGCGAAAAAUCUUCCGAGUCAUGGAACCGUUACCUACGCAUGGACAAUUCGAAGAUCGUCGACUACUUCGUAGGACAGUUAAAAUCCACACUAAAAUGCACCCACUGUGGGCACUGUUCAGUUACCUUCGACCCAUUCUGGGACUUAUCUUUACCCAUACCGCAAAGGGCCGGGCAAGUGAGACUAGCACAAUGCCUUGAUUCCUUCACCAGAGAAGAAACUUUGGAUGGGGAUGAAAAACCAACGUGUUCUAAAUGUAAAGAAAGAAGGAAAUGCACCAAGUCUUUCACUAUUCAGAAGUUCCCCAAGAUUUUAGUAAUACAUUUGAAACGGUUCUCAUUGGCGGAGAGGUUUAGAGGUAAGCUCAGCGUAACCGUUGAUUUUCCAUUGGAGGGGCUCGACAUGAGUCACUACGCCGCCGAUAAUGUCACUCCCUGUCGCUAUAAUUUGUACGCCAUCUCUAACCACAGUGGGACAACGUAUAGUGGCCAUUAUACGGCGUACUGUCGUCAUCCGUACAACAAGGCCUGGCAUGAAUAUAACGAUUCAAGGGUGUCGUCGAUAUCUCCGAAAUCGAUCGUGAGUGGAGAAGCCUACGUUCUUUUCUACGAGCAAGAGGGACAAAAAUCGCAUCUAUGAAACAGAGCGACUAGUUUUUAUUGGAAUUAUUUAUUAUCAUCCCUAACCCCAGUUUUAAUUAUUUUGCCUCACCCUCUAUAUAUUGUAUAUUAAUUUUACACUUUGUUGAUGAGAACAAUACCAUACAUUUUUUUGUUGUUUUUAUUAAUUUUAUUGAAUGUAUACCGCGUGAAUUUUAUUUAUUUAAGAAAGUGUGGGAAGAGUUUCCAGUGGUUGUAUUUAUCUAGUCCUGUUUAUUUAGUAACUUGAAUUUAUUUUUUAGUCUUUUUUUUGUUUGUUUAAAUUUUAGUGAUAGUUACUAUUACCAUGUACUUAUUUAUUAAAAAUUGUUGAUAUUAUAAGUCCGAGAAGUCACUAUUUUUGUCAUUAGGUCACUGAUUUGUUCUACCUCUGAAGCAGAACUUGUGCUUUUUUUAGUCUAGUAGAAUUUAUAAAUCGUUACCAAUUAUAGAAAAAUCAGCACUUGUAUAAAAAUGAAGUGAGAAGUACUCGGAAAAAGCUUUAUAAAUUGUUCAAAGCACUAACUUAUAAUAAACUGUUUGCAAAAA